AUGGAGAAUGUCGUAUCAUUCAAGGAUUCCACCGAGCUCAAACUCACUGCUCCUCAGCCCUUGGUCGGGACUCGAUUGCUACGUGAUACCUCUACUGGCGGUUCAGCAACACCACCACCUACUGGUCCCGACAACGUUGCCAAACCAGAUGGCCAAGUCCUCAAAGCGGCAGACCCCUCCACAGAUGCUGCAGUAUCUGAGGACAUUCCGGACAUCAAGAAUAUCAAAGAGCACGUCAAGCUCCAUCCAAUCACACCCGACGACACCAUCCCACAGGUCGUAGAUUACAAGACGACCGUGACCAACAAAGUCUCCGAUGCACUGGAGAACCUCAACAUCUCGGCCGCGGCCUCGGUGAAGUUGGGAACAGUGACGGCAAGUGGGAGUGGCGCCUUUGUGCAAGAGGACAAGGUCAAGCAAAGCGAUUUAACCUAUAUCUUGACCGUCAAAGUCAUGAACGACCUCGUGCAGCCUGAUACCUCUGCCAUGACGUUCAACAAGGUCGAGUCUGUCUAUAGCAGCAAAGAGCAGUUCAUCAAUGCCUAUGGAGACGGGUUCAUCUCCGGCUGGGUCAAGGGAGGAGAGUUCAAUGCCAUCGUAAGCAUGGUCACCAAAGAUACGGACAGCGCCCAGCACAUCAAAGCCCAACUCAGCAUUUCGAUGAGCGCAUUCCAGGGUGAAGGGAAUGGCGGCUUCGACAAGACAAGCAGUGAAUCGCUCAGCGAGGUCAACUAUGCCGUCAAUUGGAGAGGAGGUGGCCAGGUCAAAGAUCCUCAGCAACCGUGGAACAUGGCCAGCCUGUUCCAGGCAGCCACGGAAUUUCCGGCGCGGGUUUCAGUGCAUCCAGAAUAUUGCUACGCCAUCAUCACAAAGUGGGACCAUCUGAAGGACUUCCACAAGUCUGCCCCGGCCUGGUGGUCCUCGAGUCUGCUCGAUUACGACAUGGCCUCGACCUACACGAAUGACCUGCUCGAUCAAUUCCUGGAGUACAAAACUCUGCUCAAGCAGCUCAACGACAUUGCCCGUGGCAUGCCGGACUACCAGGUGGCUGCCUCGCCGAAGGCUAUUCCCGUGGAGAUCGAAGCCCUCCUCCAGACAAAGAAGCAGAUCAAGAAACAAAUGGCGCUCAUCACCCAGGAGGUCGAUUAUGUGACCUUUGAUCCACACCGCGCGAUUGAUGCCUCGCUGGGCCUUGCCGAGGAGGACCGAAAUCCCCAAGCCGCUUCAGGUCCCCCGUCUUCGAAGUCUUCGGACUCAGCGGUCGUCGUCGUCAAGUCUGGAACAGACGAAGUGUCGUCUAGAACCGCAGCGCCUCCCACUGAAAAGCCGCCUCCGCCACUUCCGAACAUCAUCGAUCCUCAGUUGUUUGCAUUUCGGCUGCCGGUUCGCAAGACCGAUCCCAAUGCCGGUGUAAACCAAGGCACAAAGCCGAUGAUCAUGGCCGGAAAUCCAAAGGCCUAUCGCACAGCCGCGGGGCUGGCUGAAAUAUUCGCCGUGGCAGGGGAUGGUCACCUCUACCGCAAGUGGAUCAACGAGCCACAGCAGGGUCCAGCAAGCAGGUCGGCGCCCGGAAGUUGGGAGCUCUUCACGCCCAACGAUAGCAUUGUGCUUGCCACCGACCGCGAGAUCGCCGCCAUCUACAGAGGCAACGGGACGGUAGACAUCCGCGACAUCUUUGCACUGGGCGCGGAUCGCAAGCUCUGGCGGAAAACCUACACCAACGGAGCGUGGCAAUCUUGGAAAACGGUCAACGACACCAUCUAUGAUUCCGGUCCUUCCGUCGUCAGCACGGGCCUCGGCCGAGUCGACGUCGCAAUCCGUACCUCCGAGGCCCACAUCAACUGGCUCAAAUGGGAUGGAGACGCGUCGACACCCACAGUCGUGAGCUUCGGCUCGUAUUGCCUUGGCCAGCCGUGUCUGAUCAACCUGGUGCAGAACGGCGGGCCCAGUCGGCUGUUCUGCCUGACCGACGGCGCCGACCUGGGGACCUUGUACAGGUUCACCCUCCAGGACGGGCAGGACCCGGGGGCAGGGGAAAGGAUGGAGGAGUCCGCUCGCCCCGAUAUGCCAAUGACAGCAGCGAGUCUGCCUUGGGCCAACGACACGGCAGUCCACCUCUGGACCGGUAACGGCGAGUCAGGGACCUGGAUUGCCCAACACGUCUGGGACCAGCCAUAUUCCAAGUCUCGGUCGACUCGUAUCCAACUCGAGAGCAGGUGGAUGUUUUCGGCGCCUGCCGUGACGGUCACGGACGACAGGUGCUUCGUUUUCGCCGUCAGAGGCCCCGACGUGCCGAGCGGGACGGACGGCGACUUGAAGGGCAGAGUUGUCUGCCACACGGCCGACAAGCGCUUGGCCGCCGAACAGUUCGGAGCCAACAACGCGAAUGCCACCAAAGUCAUCUCGCAGCAGGUUUUCAAUACUCCGUGCGCUAUUGCGUAUGGAGCCCAGGCCGAUGUCUUUGCUUGUGGUCCAAAUGGGAAUCUGUGGAGAAGCCACUUUGACGGCGCCAGUUGGACCAGUCUGGACGAGGUUGUCUAG